AUGUGUACAAUUGGAUUGGAUUUAUCAUUUGCUUUGGAUGGUUUCUUACUUAAAAAUAUUCGUGACACUCUAAAGCACAAUAAAGAUCUCUUGAUGGAAGCUACCAAACACAGAACUAUGGAUGAGAAAUGGCGACCUUUGAACUUACAGAACUCUCAGUCAGCGUCUCAGUUAUCUCAAGAAAUGUUGCAACUUGGGAUUGCUAAUUUCAAUUCUCAUAUUUAUGACAAGUGUUGGGUGAAUCUGUCUUCCAGUACUGUUAUGUUUACUAAAGCUUUUAUUAAUUUUCUUGACAAUGAAAUGAAGUUGUAUAUCCCUGAGUUGUAUACAGAUAUAGUGGAUAGCAUGAUGGAGGUGUUACAGCAUUACGUCGAUAUUCUGGCAUCAUUCGCUGUCAGCGAUAGACACACUAGAGAACGAGAAUUUAUCCUACAGAACAUAGAAUUUAUAUUUAAUACUAUGAUUCCACUGACAGAAACCAAGACUAAGGAUAUAAUUGGACAUCAAGUAAAAUCGCUGACAAAUCUUUACAAGGAACACCAGAAGAUUAAACAACAAGUGGAAUCGCUCGGUGUACUUAUAUAGCCGUAAUAGUUAGUCGCAUCUGUGCAGCAAAUUGCAGAAACUUGCUCCCUAUAUUGUUGUAAUUUGCAACAUUUACACAUUUUGAAUAACAUAAAUAAUUGUGUUAUAUUGAGACACUUGCAUUGCAAUGCACCUUUGCACACUGUUCACACAUUAGCACAGCUGAUUUCUAGUGUGCCUUAUUUUCACUCACCAAAAUAUAAACAGAGUCCAAACACACAUACAAAUUAAAUAAGAGUAAAAUAUCUGGUUUGUUAAGUUGUAAAAAUCCAUAGUUGUAAAGUAUUGCUUUCCCAAUCUUGCGACUUCCUGGAGUGUAUAUAAUACCUGUGUAGAAAAGCCACGAAGUAAUUUGGGUAUAGAGCCCUCAUACUGCCAUCAUGAAAAUUCUUUUUCAAUGUUUUUCAUGCUGACAGCUGAAAUUUUGCAGUGUUUCAGAUUAUACUAUUUCUUGCUUAAAUUACUGAGCAUGCUUUUGCACUUUUUAUCAUUGAGAAUAUCAGUAUGUAUAGCAACACUUUCAGUGCUCUUGUAAAAAAACAAUGUAUUUUACAGGCGUUGUGUAUUGAACAGAACUCAGUGCGACAACCACCGGCCUUUAAACUUC